GUGAUUUUGUAGUUGAAUUUAUAUUAAAAGAACAAUUUGAAUUCGAAUUGCAAAUGUAUACUAUUGAAAAAUUGGAUAAUAAAGAAGGCUUGACAUCAAAAAGCAAUUCGGAGCUAAAGGAUGAUUCAAAAGCAGAGAACGAUACAGGUAUAGAAAAUAACCAGAAAUCAUCGUACAGGGAACUUUCCAGCAUUCCUACUACUUUUAAAUUUACUGAUGAACAACAGAAUUGGAUUAAUAUUGAAAAUGAAAACUUAUUAAGAUGGUCUGUUGCUGUGCCAGAUAAAUCAAAUAGUUUACCAGAAUUUAGAUUAUUAGCAAUAUCUUUUAUCAACAUUGAAGAUAUGAGAUAUUAUAAAAACAAUUCUAGUGAAAUACAUCUGGUUGAAACCCCAAAUAAAGGAGCUACUUUUGUUUUUAUUAUUCACGAUGACUAUUCGAUUAGUAGUAUUGAUAAUAAAAUAUUAUCAAUUGAAUAUGGUGGAAUAGUCAAAUUAUUUUCUGAAAAAGACAAUAUAGCGCAUAAAUAUGACAACGAUGAACAAGAAAACUGUGAUAAACAACUUGAUAACGAUAACCAACAAAUUGUUAAUGAUAACCAACAAACUGACAACGACAACCGACAAAUUGUUAAUGAUACCUGA